AUGGCUGUAAAACACGCCACUCCGGUCACCGUCUCCCUCGCCGACCUCGGAUCCAAUACAGUCUCUGCUGCAACUCUAACGCAAGCAUUUGGUCCUGACUCCCUCGGUAUCCUUGUCGUCCGUGACCUCUCACCGGCGUUCCUCCAGCUGAGGCGCCGCGUUUUGCUCAAUGCCUCCCAUCUCGCUGCCCUACCCUCCACUACUUUACUUCGUCUCAGGAACCCGGAUGCGAAAUAUUUGGUGGGAUGGUCCCACGGAGUCGAAACACUAAGUCCCGGCACCAUCGACACAUCCAAGGGCUCUUAUUAUAUCAACUGCGCCUUCUACCAAGAUCCAACCCUCAAUGGUGCAGAUGGCAUGAAGUUUCCUGGUUUCGAAGAGUAUACGGCGGCAAAUAUAUGGCCGAACGAUGUCGACAUUCCUGGGUUUCGGUCCGAUGCCGAAAAGCUCAUAAGUCUGAUCAUAGACACGGCUGUGCUUGUGGCACGAGCGUGCGAUCGAUUCGCGAGCGCGGAGAUAGAAGGUUAUGAGGCUGGGUACCUUGAAAGAGUGGUGAAACAGAGCCAAACGACGAAGGCGAGACUCUUACACUACUUUCCUAUUGAGCAUGCGGGGAUUAAUGGACACCCGAAUGGAGUGAACGACAGCAUGGCAGAGGAAACGCAGAAAGAGGAGAACGGGGUAGACGAUUACUGGUGUACAACUCACCUUGAUCACGGGUGCCUCACAGGGUUGACCAACGCUAUGUUCAUUGAUGAAUCCUCCGCAGAGCUCCUGGAACUACCGACACCACCAGAUCCGACUUCAGGACUAUAUAUCCAAUCACGCUCAGGCAAGGUACACAAGGUUACUAUUCCAGAAGAUUGUCUGGCAUUCCAGACUGGAGAGGCACUAGAGUUGAUCACACAAGGGAAAUUCAAGGCGGUGCCGCACUUCGUGAAGGGAGUGAAUCCGAUGAGCUGCACACCUGGAAGCAGAAUUGCUAGAAACACAUUGGCAGUGUUUACCCAACCGAAUCUGGAUGAACCGGUCGAUCUGGUGUCGGGGCUGAACUUUGGCGAGUUUGCAAGAGGUGUGGUCAAGAAAAAUACGGUGCACUGA